UCUGCGCUGCGAUCCGCUGCCGUCACACUCUCGGGGUGGGGUUUCUAGUUUAGCUGCGCGGAGAAUAGCGACUGUCUGGGAGAGUGAUGUCACAUAACGAAUAGACGAGCGACCGAACCAGUGGCUGAUUGUAAUAGCUGGGGAAAGCGGCACCUGUUGAAUAACAGGCUCACAACGAUAUUCCCGUUUUCCUUCGAAGCUUUUGGCUGCGUUUUAAAACUUCAGAAUGACGGAUACAAUACUUACCAACGGAAUCAAGGACCGAGCGGGUCAGAAUGGAUAUUUUAAAAAGGGAUGUAACCCACUAGCCCUGACGGGCCGCUCCAAGCUGCAGAAUGAGAGAGCCAGUCUCAACCAACAGAUCAUCAGACAGAUGAGGAUGAGAGCCGGGGCAGAGAACUUACUAAGGGCGACCUCCAACAACAAAGUGUGUGAUAUGGUCGUUCUGGAGCUGAGCUAUAUCAACUCUAACCUGCAGCUGCUCAUGGAACAACUGGAGGGGCUCAACAGCUCCGUGGAGGUCUACCAAAACAUCCAAGAGACCUCCAGCAUCCCUCUCAUUCCGCUGGGGCUGAAGGAGACUAAAGAGAUGGACUUCUCUGUGUCAUUCAAGGACUUCAUCCUGGAGCACUACAGUGAAGAUGGCUCCAGCUUCGAGGAGGAGAUCGCCGACCUGAUGGACCUGAGACAGGCCUGUCGUACCCCCAGUCGCAAUGACGCCGGCAUCGAGACCCUGGCCAAGUACUUCAGCCACAUACCUCUACUGGAGAGCCGCUUCUUCUCCGCUACCCGCCAGAUGGGCAUCUUCUUUACUUGGUAUGACUCGUUCACAGGUGUUCCAGUGUGCCAGCAGAACGUGUCUCUGGAGAAGGCCAGUAUUCUGUUCAACAUCGGCGCCCUCUACACCCAGAUCGGCACGCGCUGCAACCGCCAGACGGGCUCCGGCCUCCAGGAUGCUAUCGCAGCCUUCCAGAAAGCUGCAGGAGUCCUCCACCACCUGAAGGAGACGUUCACCCACACCCCCAGCUAUGACAUGAGUCCCUCCAUGCUCAGUAUGCUCAUCAAGAUGAUGCUGGCCCAAGCUCAGGAGUGUCUGUUUGAGAAGAUCGCUCUGUCUGGCAUCCGCAAUGAGUUCUUCUCUCUCCUCAAGAUGGCCCACGAGGCCGCCAAGGUUGGAGACACCUAUGACCAGGUUCACCAGUCUAUGAGCCAGACUCCCAUCAAGGACAACGUCCCGUUCUUCUGGUCCACCAUGGCUCAGGUCAAGACCCACCACUACCGUUCACUGGCACACUACUUCCUGGCUACUGCGCUAUUGGACCACCAGUUGAGGCCCAGUGAUGACGAGGACCAACAGGAGAAGGCUCUGUCCCAGGCGUAUGAUGCCAUGCCAGAUGGCCGCUCCCCACUCGACAUCCUCAGGAAGCGAGAGGAGAGACGCCGCAUCGGUAAGGCCCACCUGCGGCGGGCUGUGAUAGGUCAUGAGGAGGCUCUGAGGAUCCACAGUCUGUGUCGUCCCCUCAGGAAGCUGGAUGUGCUCCAGGCCAUCCUCCAGGCCAGCCACAACCGUUCCCUGGCCAAGUUCAAUGACAACAACCAAGAGGACGAGUUCACAGACUACCUGGAGGCUCCAGACAUCGUCUCUAAAACGGAGCACAAGGCAGAGAUGGAAACACCCAUGUCCACAAAGGUGAAAGUCACAGACUUUUUCCGGAGGCUGGGUCCUCUGUCAGUGUUCUCUGCUAAGCAACGCUGGACAGCUCCUCGUACCGUCAGGCUGAGACUGGAGGACAGAGACCUGGGCUUCACCCUGAGAGGAGACCCAGUACCUGUACAGGUUACCUCCCUGGACCCUCUCUGCCCUGCUGCUGUCGACGGGCUGAAAGAGGGGGACUACAUUGUUGCCGUGGGAGACACGGACUGUAAGUGGAUGGUAGUGAGCGAUGUGAUGCGGCUGCUGAAGGAUGUGGACGAGGACGGGAUCGACAUCCGCGUUGUUAGCUUGAUGGACAGCGGCCUGCCCAUGCCCACUAAGAGUGCCACGUACUGCGGAGGUAUAUCUAAGACCUACUCCAUGAUCUGCCUGGCAUUCGACGACGACAAGAGCCCCAAGGGCCGCAAGGUGACCAAGAAGGGCUCCUUCCUGUCCUGGGGCGUGAAGAACCAUCUGAAGAGCUCCAGCACCCUGAGCCUCCCUACAGCAGACUACUCUGGAACACUGCCUUGGAACAAACCCUGUCCCACCUUCCCUUCCUCCAGCUCCUACAACGACCCCGCUCUUUACUAGAGAAGGAAACAUACUGGACUCUAGACACUCUACUGGGUUAGAGAAUACUGUGUGAAGGUCUCAAAUGGCACCCUAUUCCCCAUAUAGUGCAGUACUUUGGAGGUCUAUGGGCUCUGGUCUAAAGUAGUGCACUAUAUAGGGAAUAGGGCUCUGGUCUAAAGUAGUGAGCUAUAUAGGGAAUAGGGUGCCAUUGUGGGCACACUUGUUAAAUCCACUUUAAUCAAUGUAGAGGAAGGAGACGGGUUAAAGAAGGAUGUUCAAGCCUUGACAAUUGAGACAUGGAUUGUAUUUGUGUGCCAAUCAGAGGGUGAAUGGGCAAGACAAAAUAUUUAAGUGUCUUUGAACAGGGUAUGGUUGUAGGUGCCAGGCGCACCGGUUUGUGUGAAGAACUGCAACGCUGCUGGGUUUUUCACACUCAACAGUUUCCCGUGUGUAUCAAGAAUGGUCCACCACCCAAAGGACAUCCAGCCAACUUGACACACCUGUGGGAAGCACUGGAGUGCAACAUGGGCCAGCAACCCUGUGGAACGCUUUCAACACCUUGUAGAGUCCACGCCCAGACACAUUGAGGCUGUUCUGUCACAUUGAGGCUGUUCUGUCACGUUGAGGCUGUUCUGUCACGUUGAGGCUGUUCUGUCACGUUGAGGCUGUUCUGUCACGUUGAGGCCGUUCUGUCACGUUGAGGCCGUUCUGUCACGUUGAGGCCGUUCUGUCACGUUGAGGCCGUUCUGUCACGUUGAGGCCGUUCCGAGGGCAAAAAGGAUGGCGGUGUCACUAUAUUAGGAAGGUGUUCUUAACGUUUUGUAUACUAGGUGUUCUUAAUGUUUUGUAUACUCGGUGUGUUGAUAUUCUAAUGUAAAAAAUGUCAAGUUAUACUAUGUAGAUAUCCCACUAUGUAGAAGGUGAAGUAUGUAACUCUUAAACCAGGAAGUGAUACGUCUGUAGUGAGUGUGUGAUAGGCUAACCGUCUGUAGUGAGUGCGUGAUAGGCUAACACAAUGCGCUGUAAGCUGAUGAAAAUAGAUUUCUUUAUUUUUUUUAUUUUUGUGUGUAAUUUCUUGUUAAGACAAUUACUGUGGUUGAUAUGAAGGAAUAUUGUGUGUGGUGGGCUGUUCUGAUGUAGGCCUUGUGAAAUCUCUGUUUUAGAUUUUAUUGGCAUGUCAGGGGAGGGAGGAAGAAGAGGGGGGGAGAGGGGGCCUGGGUUGAGGGGAAAAGAGGGAGGGAUGGAGAAGGGGCAGGCGCAGUGUAAUAAACCAAAAAACCUCUGGGCCAUCGAGACACAGCUCUCACCUAAGCUUCUGCCAUAUUGUAAUAGUGAGUUCUAACAAGCCUUUAAAUGGAACUCGUCGUAGUUAAACACUAAUAUCCAUCCCCCCUCCUCCUGUACUGCUGACCGGCAGCCAUUUUGAAACUCAUCAUAGUUAAACACUAAUAUCCAUCCCCCCUCCUCCUGUACUGCUGACCGGCAGCCAUUUUGAAACUUGUCGUAGUUAAACACUAAUAUCCAUCCCCCCUCCUCCUGUACUGCUGACCGGCAGCCAUUUUGAAACUCGUCGUAGUUAAACACUAAUAUCUUCCCCCCUCCUCCUGUACUGCUGACCGGCAGCCAUUUUAAUGACAACCUUUCCUGGUAGAGCAGGGAAAAGUCUCCCUACCAGCGGACAGAUGUGGUUCUAUCUCUGUGGAUGUUUGUGUAAUAUUUGCUGUUAAAAAUGAAGGCUAUUUUGUAAAAGGGAAAAAGGCUGGUUGUGUUGUCUGUUUUUUGUCUCCGGUGUUCAGUGUAUUUGCAGAUGCUAACGUUAAUAUAAUAGUAUACAACAGGUUCAUGUUAAUUUCGCUAAGCCUGGGUUCCAUCGAAGGGAAGAGUCCCUGUUUGAUUCCACCAUUGUGAUUCUACUGGUCUCUAGUGGUUUCUACUGGUCUCUAGUGGUUUCUAGUGGUCUCUAGUGGUCUCUAGUGGUUUCUACUGGUCUCUAGUGGUCUCUAGUGGUUUCUACUGGUCUCUAGUGGUCUCUAGUGGUUUCUACUGGUCUCUAGUGGUCUCUAGUGGUUUCUACUGGUCUGUAGUGGUUUCUACUGGUCUCUAGUGGUUUCUACUGGUCUGUAGUGGUUUCUACUGGUCUGUAGUGGUUUCUACUGGUCUCUAGUGGUUUCUAUGGGUUUCUACUGGUCUCUCGUGGUUUCUACUGGUCUCUCGUCGUCUCUACUGGUCUCUAGUGGUUUCUAUGGGUCUCUACUGGUCUCUAGUGGUUUCUACUGGUCUCUAGUGGUUUCUAUGGGUUUUUAGUGGUCUCUAGUGGUUUCUAUGGGUUUCUACUGGUCUCUCGUGGUCUCUACAGGAUGUCCACCUGAACAUUUUUCUGACACUGCAGUGUUGCACUUUCUUAUCUACAAAGUAGAUUAUUAUACGUUUGAUAAUCAAAUUAUUUCUGUAAUAAAAAUCAAACAAAAAGAAACAUCUGAAUAUCUGUGUACAUUGUAAAGCGUGUGUAGACGGUAAAGUUGUGAAAUCUGUUGGCUGUUGCAAAGUAAUGUAUUUUCUGAGAUCAUUGUCUUCAAAGGGGUAUGUAAAAAAAAUUAUAUUUUCACUGCGUUUCAUCUUCUUUCAGGAAAUGCCACUCGUGGUUUCCUGAAUUCCACAAAGCAGCAUAUUGUGUGCAGGUCAUCGGUACUCUAGGUUUGACUGUAAACACACCUGUUGUACCGAGGACAGUCACAACUCUAGGUUUGGCUGUAAACACACCUGUUGGACAGUCACAACUCUAGGUUUGACUGUAAACACACCUGUUGUACCGAGGACAGUCACAACUCUAGGUUUGACUGUAAACACACCUGUUGGACCGAGGACAGUCACCACUCUAGGUUUGACUGUAAACACACCUGUUGUACAGUCACAACUCUAGGUUUGACUGUAAACACACCUGUUGUACCGAGGACAGUCACAACUCUAGGUUUGACUGUAAACACACCUGUUGUACAGUCACAACUCUAGGUUUGACUGUAAACACACCUGUUGUACCGAGGACAGUCACGACUCUAGGUUUGACUGUAAACACACCUGUUGUACAGUCACAACUCUAGGUUUGACUGUAAACACACCUGUUGUACCGAGGACAGUCACAACUCUAGGUUUGACUGUAAACACACCUGUUGGACAGUCACGACUCUAGGUUUGACUGUAAACACACCUGUUGUACCGAGGACAGUCACGACUCUAGGUUUGACUGUAAACACACCUGUUGGACAGUCACAACUCUAGGUUUGACUGUAAACACACCUGUUGGACAGUCACAACUCUAGGUUUGAUUGUAAACACACCUGUUGGACAGUCACAACUCUAGGUUUGACUGUAAACACACCUGUUGUACCGAGGACAGUCACAA